AUGGCAAACCAAAAUAACUUUUGUGUUUCAAUCCCUGAAGAUCAAUCUAAUUCAAAAGAAUGCCAAUUGUCUGAAGAGAAUUUUGAUUAUACGCACAGGGGACAAUGGCUUCGUGCAGCUGCAUUAGGAGCUAAUGAUGGUUUGGUUUCUGUUGCAUCUCUAAUGAUGGGUGUUGGAGCUGUGAAGGAAGACGCCAAGACCAUGGUUAUAUCUGGUUUUGCUGGUCUAGUUGCGGGCGCAUGUAGCAUGGCAAUAGGAGAAUUUGUUUCGGUAUACACUCAGCUAGAUGUAGAAUUGGCUCAAAAGAAGAGACAAAAUAGCACGGUAGAAGACGAAGAAGAAAAAGAUAAAGAACAGUUGCCAAAUCCUAUGCAAGCUGCUAUAGCUUCAGCUCUUGCAUUUACUAUAGGAGCGAUUGUUCCUUUACUUGCCGCGUCCUUCAUAAGGGACCAUAAGGUAAGGUUGGGUGUCGUGGUAGCGGCGGUUAGUUUGGCCCUAGUCGUCUUCGGAUGGAUUGGAUCUAUUCUUGGAGGAACUCCUGUGGUGAAGUCUUGUUUUAGGGUUUUGUUUGGAGGGUUGAUGGCUAUGGCCAUCACAUUUGGAUUGACUAAGUUGAUUGGCACUAGUGGCCUUUAACUUUUAAUUGGGUUCAUUGUCCUUUUGUUUUACUACUUGUGAUAAUAAAAUGUUUGUCUUUCUUUUUUAUGUAA